AUGACAGCCACCCGCUACACAGGAGACUUCCGUUGUCAGGCAAGUCUACAAUUUCAAGUAUUACGAGAAUUGUGUAAUCGAUCAAAAACUGUUUUAUCCAACAAUAUUGAGUCAUUUUAUGAUACAGAACUUAUUUCAGGCUAUUUGAUGAGAGAAAACCUACUGCGUAUUGAUACUGAAGCCGUCAUCGAUACGUUUAAAAGUAGCACUUUUGGAGAUUUCCAGCAGUCGUUUCGAUUUAUUCGCGCGGUUAUGGUGGGCAAUGCAAUGAUAUCUGGAAUUGAAACAACAGGUAUAAUAGGUUAUUAUCCGCAGAAUGAUAUACCUGAACUUGCUUAUUUAUUCACUGACUAUAUACCAGGCUUUCGCAGUGAUUGCCCUUGCGAUACCAGUGACAAUUGUGCAGUGAUGGCAGCCUUUUACAGUGAUACCUUAGUCGAUACUCAAAGAAUAGUUGCUUAUUGGCCUAGUUUGAUAACAGUACCAAUUGCAAUGAGAGUGAUAGAAGUGAGAACUUCGUGGUGGCAACGAAUACAUACAAUAAUUCAAUUAUUAUGGCGUUCACUUGUCGAAUUAAAUAUGUUCAAAUCCUCAGCUCGGCAGGAACCAUCUGAUAUCAAACAACAACGAUGGACAACACGAAUCUUCAUUCUAUGUCUCGUUCUUGCAAUGAUUAUUCUCAUGUUUUAUUCAAUGUUAAGUGUUCAAAUAAAAUCGGUUAAAGUAAACAAUCCAUCGCUUGAGACUGUACUCUACUUAAGAUCACAGAGCGAAUUGAAUUCUUCUCUUCAAUGUCCAUGUACACGAAUCAACACUCCCUAUGGACAACUUGUACAACUUCAACCAUCCUAUCAUCAAGUAUGCUCAAGUCUCUUCGCAUCAUAUGCAUGGCAAAAUAAUGUUCGCUACACUGUAAUCGGCUCACCUAUGAGUGCUGCUACUUUUAGUGCUAACAGUUAUAGCGGCGGAAGUGGCAAUUCAUCGUAUACAUGUUCAUGUGCAAAUGAUAUCAAUUUACCUGGCAUGUACAUGGCUUGCUUUCCUCUUGAAUCACUGCUCUAUUCAACACUGGAAUGUUUAUAUGAUAAUCAAGACUGUCUGACUAUGAUAUUUAACUUUUAUAAUGUAAAUUGGUUUCAAUAUUCUGAUCGACUCAAUUCUUCUCUACCUAGUCGAUUUUUGAUAAACAGUUCAGUGAAUACUUUACUUUCGGAACUUUUUAUUGAAAACUGGAGUCAAAUGUUGAGUUAUUCAUCCUAUUUUAAUCAAUGUCAACCAGCAUCAUGUUCAUAUAAAAUUGCAAUGCAUAAUAGUUUACUGCAAACAAUCACAACUAUUUUUGGUCUUCUCGGUGGAGUUGCUGUCUCUCUGCGCAUCUUGGUUCCCUUCGUUAUGACGGCUUGUUUCGCUUUUAUUUCUCGACGAGGACGUCAACGUGCAGCUACUGAACCGAGUAAUUCCUUUCCUGAAUCGACUCUUGAUACUGGUCACUCGAAUUCGACAUUGGUUACAAGAACUAAAUGUAUUCGACGAUCCAAAUAA